CCCGUGGGCCGCCGGGAUUGGCUAAUACUUCAAACGUGCUUUGAGUGUAUGUCCCCGCCUACUCAUGGCAUGUCAACAGACAGGUGGCCAUAGUCGUGGAAGGACUCGUGAAAACUUCAGAAAGAAAAUAAAAGGUUUUAAAGUCAAGUCGAGUUGGUGAUGCCUCAGCUGACCUUGUCUGCGGCUGUGCAACUGGCGCUCUUGCUGUCGGCCUUCCCGGCUCAGUACCUGAUCCACAAAUGGAGCGGCAACACUGCAGAGCAGCGCCUCAUCGCGUCAGCAAAGUUGAUUCAAAUGUGGAAAGAAUGGAGCAGUUCUUAUCUGAGCAUUUCAACCUGGAACGAGUGGAGCCAGCAGCAAUUUGCCAAAAUCUUGUCUGCGCUCGGUAUGGACAUGGAGGGGGAAGCCGAUUCGGCUCCUGUGGAAAACAUGAUGUUUGACAACGACCAAGGAUAUUUUGGAGCAUCCAAGGAGGUGCGCAGUCCACGGCCGCCUUACGUUUUCCUGCGGGUGGGCGAGGUCGUGGUGGAGCGCAAGACCCAACGGCUCGGCGUGGUGGUGAGCUGGGACAGUGAGAUGAGGGCCCCUGCUGAGUGGAUGUUCAGGAUGGUCAAAGAAACGCAGAGUGUUGCAGCCAAGAAGACUCCUCAUUACAAAGUUCUGUUCAAAGGGCCAGGACCUAACCAUGUAGUAGUGGCCUACCUGCCUCAAACUUACCUCAAGCGUGUCACUGGCAAAAAACCCAACAUUCCCACCUUGAACCAUUACUUCAGUGGUUUUGACGGUGUCCGCUUUGUGCCCCAAACGUGGCUGAAAGAGAUUUUCCCAGAGGACGACAUUGAUUUCUGAGCGCCAAGCUCGUGAGAUGACGGCGAUAUUGAUCGAGACGAUUCCAUCAAGAGCAGCAGCAGCAGCAGCUCAUUUGAAUGUAUUGUGUCGCAGAGGAGCGCGUACAAGUCUUCGCCACCAUUUGCAAUUAUAUCCAACAGUAGCCAUUUUGUCAUAAUGGAUUCAUUUUUUUAACAUUUAUCUUAAAAGAGAUUUUUUACGAUACAAAUCGGGCUGCAUAAUGUUUAAGUUUUAAAGGUAGCUUUACCCUCCUCAGAAGCUGCUUAUAAUAGCAUCAUCUCCAAAUGAUGCCGCUUGACUUUUGCACAGUGCUGUACAUGGACAACUUUGAAUGUAUAUGAAUGUGUGAGUUUGAAUAAAUGACAAUACAAACUCCCAA